AUGGAAGCAUAUAGAGAAGAGGCACUCAAGGCGAAGCAGAUCGCUGAGAGAAGAUUUGCAGAAAAAGAUUUUACAGGCGCAAGGAGCUAUGCGUUGAGAGCGAGGUCACUGUUUCCAGAGUUGGAGGGUUUGUCUCAGAUGGUCACGACCUACGAAGUUUAUAUAGCUUCUCAGAGUAGACGCAGUGGGGAAAUUGAUUACUACGCAGUUCUUGGACUAAAACCAUCAGCUGGGAAGAGAGAAGUGAAGAAACAGUUCAAGAAGAUGGCUGUAUUGCUCCAUCCUGACAAGAACAAAUGCCUUGGAGCUAACGGCGCAUUCCAGAUCAUAUCUGAAGCGUGGACAUUCCUAUCGAAUGAAUUCAAGAAGAGCACUUUCUAUUACAAAAGAAAGAAGAUUAUUGACUCCACUGUGGUUGAGAAGAACAUCAGCACCGAGUAUGUCCCCGGGACUGCAGGAUUCGGUUGUUGUCCACCAGCACCUGCUUCUGAAAGACUUGAUACUUUCUGGACUGUAUGCACAUCUUGCAAAGUUCAGUAUGAGUAUCUUCGGAAGUAUGUGAACAAGCGGCUUUCAUGUAAGAACUGCCGAGGAGCAUUUAUAGCUGCGGAGACUGGGCCGGCUCCUGUUAGUGCAUCAGUUCAAUACGCGCCUCCAUCUCAUACAGCAAGUAAUAGCUAUGGAGCUCAUGGCUAUGAUGCAGUGUCACGCAUGCCUACGAAUUCCACUUAUUUCUUAGGCCAGUAUCCUGCACAUGGAUAUGAAUAUGUUACAAAUGACUCGUAUGACUGGAACUCAUACGUGGGAACAUCUCCUGCGAAUAUGGAGUCAAACCGUAUGUCUUCAGCGGCCAACGGAUAUCCUUACAAGCUCAACAAUGGAGUAGUCUCGAGGGGAAGAAAGAAAUUUAAAGAAGGAUCGACCAGGACAAGCUCGAUGAGAAGCACAGCCUCUGAUCUGAUAUAUCCGAGCCCGCCCAAUUGGUCUGCUGAUCCUUCAGUGGUUAAAGCCAGCAGACCUGAGAAGAAGAGGAAUGUUGGUUUGGGGUCAUCUGGCAAUGGAUUUGUUGAGAACACUGCAAAAUCUAAUCUAGAACCGAAAGCAACAAAUUUGGAUGUAAAGAUGGAACAUGAGUUUAAACAUCCUGGCCAAAGUUAUGGUUCAGCGAGACGGUGGUCUGCUGCAACAGGAGUGGAUACGCGGAAGCUAUUGAUGAACAAAGCUAGAACACAUAUUCAGCAAAGUCUAGAGUCGAUGAGAUUGGCUUCAGUGGCAGCAGCGGCUACAGAGGAAGCGACUCCCCUUGAUGAAAUAAAUGCCUCCUCCAUGGUAGUAGAUGAUGUAUCCAGAGCAGGAAGUUAUGUUUCCUCUGGCCAUCAAUCUGCUCGGAAAAUAAACGGACCGAUAACAGUUCCAGACUCUGACUUCCAUGACUUCGAUAAGAACAGAUCAGAGGAUUGCUUUGAGGCUAGGCAAAUAUGGGCAAUCUAUGAUGAAGAUGAUGGCAUGCCACGGUUAUAUUGCGUGAUCCGGGAAGUGCUCUCUGUUCAACCUUUCAAGAUUGACAUAGCCUACUUGAGCUCCAAAACUGACAUCGAGUUUGGUACAAUGAAAUGGGUGCAGUACGGUUUUACAAAGUCGUGUGGACACUUCAGGAUACGGAGCACUGACAUUGUUGACCACGUUAACAUAUUUUCCCAUCUCUUGAAAGACAGGAAGACGGGAAGAGGCGGUUGUGUUAGGAUAUUCCCCAAAACCGGAGAUAUUUGGGCUGUGUACAAGAACUGGUCGCCAAACUGGAACAACUCAACCCCAGACGAAGUGAGGCACCAGUACGAAAUGGUUGAGAUCCUUGAUGAGUAUUCUGAACAGUUUGGGGUUUGCAUUGCCCCUCUCGUGAAAGUAGAGGGUUACAAAACCGUGUAUUGUAGGAAAGAGGAGGAAGAAAGUAGGAAAUGGAUACCGAGGAGAGAGAUGCUGCGGUUUUCGCAUCAAGUGCCAUCUUGGUUUCUUAAAGACGAAACCAGUGGUGUGCCCGGAAACUGUUGGGACUUGGACCCAGCUGCUAUACCUGAGGAGCUGCUUCACACUGGAGCAAAAACUGAUUGA